AUGGGCAAAAAAUGUUUCGAGCCAGAGUGUAUGAAUGAGGUAGAGCAUGCAUGCAAAUGCUCUUCUCCUGACACUUUAUUGUGCGGAGAGCAUAUCGGGGAGCAUGUAAACUUGCCUAAUAGAGCUCAUAAUCUUGAAUCAAUUUUUAUGCAGCCUUAUGAAGGGACAAAAGAAGCAAUUCUUGAAUUCCUUACAAAAGAAAAGUCAAAAUAUAGCGAGUUGAAAAGUAAAAUUAUCGAUUCCUAUAUCCAUAAUUCAGAAAAAGAUUUUGGCAAUUUCACAAUCAAGUUGGAUUGCUACUCAGAUGAAAUAAAUGAUUUCUUUGUAAAGAUUUCCCAAACUCAAAAAUUAUUAAAGUCAGAAGAAGAUCCAAUUUUAGGAUUAUUGAGUUUACAGCCUCAAGAAGCUAUUGAGAAAGUAAAAUUGAUGAUCAUAGCUAGCAGAUAUUGAUACAACGGUGCAAAGCUGUUUUACAUAUUCAAGCAAAAGUUAAAUAGUCUAAAUAGAUCCUUCUUUACAGAAAUAUGCGGGGCUCAUUUAGAAAAAAGGAAUAUGCAAAAUACCCCUGAAAUGGAUAAUAAAAUUAGGAAGCCAACAAGUAUAGAGUCAGCAAACGCUAAGGAUUCCAUUUCCUUGAUAAUAAAUGAGAACAGUGAUAGUUUGAAAGAGCCUGAAAACGCAAACAAGCCAAUAAAAAACACCCCAGAAAAUAAGUUAAGCUUGCUUAAUUCUCAAAUAAGCAGUGAUUUCAACAGUAAACCCAAGGAAACAGAAAGCGCUUUAAGCUUUAUAGAUAUAUUAAGGAAUAAAACAGCUGAGAUUUUGAGUAGACCAAACAAUCAAGAAUUAGAGAUGGAUUUCAGAAGAACUUGUUCAGCAUAUCAAGAUAAUUCUAGUUUUUAUGAUCCAUUACGAAUGCAAGCUUACCAAGAUUACAUUAAAGCUUAUAUACUAAAGACAUCUCUUUAUAAUAUACCAAGAAAUCAAAACAACAGAACUAAUUUAAUUAUAUAUAACACUGAAACUGAAACCCUAGAAGUCAAGACCUUACAGACUCCAAAACCAUUAAAUAAAUUCGCUUGCAUAACUCAACUUCCAAACGGAAAGCUAUUUUGUUGUGCUAACACUAACCUUUCUGGGAUUACAGUUCUGAUUGAUGUGAAUGGUAGAUUCGAAGUGCUGCCAUCUGGAACUCCUUGUGAAUACUCAUCAUAUAUCUAUUUCAAUAACAGCGUCUAUUGCUUUGGAGGAUGAGAUAGAGGUCAUUUAACUCUAUCUAGUAGAUUUGAUUUAGAUCAAAAUCGAUGAAUUCAAUUAGCUCCAAUGCCACAAGGUGACUACAAAUGCAAUAGCAUAAUAUUAAAUAGAAAUAUUUUGAUUUCUGGAUAUGAAAACAGAAAUCUUUGGCUAUACUCAAUUGAUAUUGACUCUUUCUCAACAAUACCUUAUGAUUUUGGUUUUGCUAAAUGAAAGAUCCUGAUAAAUGCAGAGAGACUAUAUUUGAUUGAAUGCGAAAAUGGAUUAAUCUAUGAAGGCGAAAUUGGAAGUUUCUCGAAUUGGAGACGAAUAGGAAGAUCAAAAAUCAAUUUGGAUCCUUAUCAAGUGUAUUGUUCAUAUAAUAAAGGAGGAAUAUGGAUCUCAGCGAUUUAUAAUUCGGCUAUAGAACACUAUUAUUUUAAUUUAGAUCAAAAAAAACUUAUUGAUGCUGCUUACUAUAAUAAGCAUAUCUUACUUAGAAGAGUAGGUCAAAAGAUUGAAGCCAUAAAAUGCAAUAACCAGGAUUUUAAUCUCGAUCCUUCUUAUCUGGAUGAAUGCAAUUCAAAAGAUAUUGCUCUAAGUACUUUAGGAGAAAAUCUAACAGAAAUUAAUUGCCUUGACAAAAAAAUCAAACUUAAUCCAAGCAAUGCUAAUUCAUACAAUGAUAAAGGCAACGCUUUUUAUGUUUUACAAAGAUAUCUAGAAGCAAUCGAAUGCUAUGACAAAGCAAUCAAACUCAAUCCAGACAAUGGUUAUUUAUACAAUAAUAAAGGCAACGCUUUUUCUCGCUUAAAAAGAUAUCAUAAAGCAAUCAAAUGUUAUGAUGAAGCAAUUAAACUUAAUCCAAACGCUCUUUUGUGAAAUAAUAAAGGCAUCGUUUUCUAUGAUUUGGAAAAAUAUCUAGAAGCAAUCGAAUCCUUUGAUGAAGCAAUCAAACUCGAUCCAAACAAUGUUUAUUAUUACAAUAAUAAAGGCAACGCUUUUUAUGAUUUACAAAGAUAUAUAGAAGCAAUCGAAUGCUUUGACAAAGCCCUCGAAAUCUGACCAAACUAUGAUAAUGAUAUUUACUGGAAAAAAGGAUCUGCUUUAUAUAAAUUAAGAAGAUACCCAGAAGCAGUAGAAAGCUAUAGCAAAGCAAUCAAAAUCAAUCCAAAUAACACCAAGUAUUAUAAUGAUAAAGGCAAUACUCAUUAUGUUUUAGAGAGAUAUCAAGAAGCAAUGCAAUGCUAUGAAGAGGCAAUCAUACUCGAGCCAAAUAAUCCUUUGCAUUUCUACAACCGUGUUAUUGCAUUUAAUAAUCUCAGACAGGAGCAAGCAGCUUUGCAGGACUUUAAUAGGGCUUAUAAUUUGAAGCAAGAAAAUCAAGUAUAUAUGUAUAAAUUUCCUAUGGUAAAUUUUUAG